AUGAGAAUUUAUUUUAGUUCAUCUACGGGGGCAUUUUUGUCAUACAGAGCCUUCUGUAAUCCUGCUGAUGUUGAAGCGUUUACAGAGGAGAAAAAAGAAUCCCUUUUGACGAAACGUCAUGGAAAAGGUGCUGAUUUUGUUCGAGCUGUACAGGAUAUUGUUGAUAGCUAUGAGAAGUUGAGAAAACAGGAACAAGUCGUCACUGAUAACUCCAGCGAUGAAGUCACUAUCUCGAAUGCGAGUGCCGCUGCUGCAACCCGAAAGGAUGCUCUACUUGAUGCGGAGAUGCUGUCUGGGGAUCCUACUGGUAAUUGCUUGGCUACAAAUAUACCACUGUCAACCUCUUUUGCUUUCUCAGGAAAACUUAAAUAUGUGCAACCAAAGAAGAUUGUCACCCGGAAAAGGGCACCAUCUGCUCGGAAUUCCAGGAGUUCAGCCAGGGUGGAGCCCUCUAGAUUCCAGAACUUCUUGGUGCCAUCUAGCCAUGGUGCUGGGGAUAAAGCCACAAAUAUAUCGCGGGAUGGAUAUGUGAGAAUGAACAAACAUAUCAGAAAGCCAUCAGAUGGGUGUGAAGGGCAUGAUUCAGAUUCACCUGCUUUUGUUCCAAAUUGUAGCAUCGAAGAGGAUGGUUCUGAUAUUGUCACAGUUGAUUCUGAUGCCCUUAGUUUUAAUGAAGGCAGCACUGUGGAGUCUGGUUACAAACAGCUGCAACCUGAGCCUGUUGUUGAAUGUUGUGAGGGAGAUGUUGAGUUGGGCCAAAGGCUUGAUUUAGCUGGUGUGGUUAAAAAGAAAAGAAAGGCAAAUAGAAAACGAGUGAGUAAUGAUACCAAUGAGCUUACUGCUAGUCUAGAUAAGGAAGCAGGUUUGGAGAUUAAGGUGCAGAAAACUGGGCAACUUUUGCCAAGUUAUCAAGACCAAUUGAGUGCCAGGUAUUCGAAGGAGGACGGUGAUGAGCACCUGCCAUUAGUUAAACGAGCGAGGGUUCGUAGGGGUAGAUCAUCCUCUGCAGGGGAGGAACGAGAUUCCUUAGCAAGAAGAGAAGAUAAAUUUUCAGAUGCUUCAAAUAGCAUUUUGGGCCAGGGAUGCACGUCCCUUAAUAGUGAGGAAGAUACUUCUGUUAGAAAAUCAACUGCUUCUGAGAUAUAUGCAGAUAGUUCAUCACCAUCAAACAAAUGUCCUGUUAACAAGGCUCAACCCUGGGAAUUGAAAAAAAAUCAACUAUUUGGUUGUUCAGUGGAUGGUGAAGCUGCUUUACCUCCAACCAAACGCCUUCAUCGUGCCCUAGAAGCAAUGUCAGCUAAUGCUGGCGAAGAUGGUGAAACAUCUUCCGCAGCACCAUCAAUCAUGAAGACAUAUGUUAAUGAAAGUAGUCUUUCUUCCUUGGGGUACUGCACUAGUAAGUCCAUGGAAGGCAAAACAGGGUAUGAAUCUGGAGCACAAAAUGUACAGUUUGGCAGCAGUGCUUCUCAGGAGGGCACCAGUGAGUUCUCCACAAAUUUAAACCCAUCAGUAGCCCAGGGAAGUACAAAAUCUUUUGAAGAAGUGGCAGCUUGCGACAAACCCAUCAGUAGUAAUGAUAGUCCACGGAAAGAUGUCUGCACUGAUAUACUUGUACCUGUGGACUGUGCUGAGGGUAAAGAUCUCUGUGUGUCAUCUUUAGGUAUGCACACUGCUGAAAUUGUUGUGGUCCAAGAUCCAAAAGCUUUAUCACCUAAUCUUGGUGAAGAAGAGGCUUGUCUUACAUGCAAUCAGGUUUCAAUGAUUCCUAAUGGUAACAGCAAAACUCAAAUUUCUGAGUUGAGCAAACCUUGUAAAAAUGAUCCUUUAGAAUUUUCCGGGAUUAAUUCACAGUCAGAUGAUACCAUUCUGCUUCUGCACUCUGCAGAGGGUAAAAGCUGUGGUUCUUCCAAGUUGUUGGAGUUUCCGUCAGAUCAGAACAGCGUAGAUAAUGAAAUGUAUGAAGCUUUGAAAGAAACUAAACCAACACCGAAGGAUUCAAGUACUACCCAAUCCCCAACUCGGGCAAACGUUACGAUGGCUGCUGUCCAGGGUCCUGAUUUAUGUCAUCCUAUUACUGUUACUGAAGAUCAUUUGGAUGAUAAGGCUGUCUCAGAUAUUCGAUCAUCUUCAUCUCUGUCUGAUGGCUUAGACUCUACUGCUCGUGCAUCUCCACCUAAUACUUCGAUUUGCAAAAUGUCUACGUCGGAUAAUGGUAAUUCUCUUGAAAAUAAUGGCUGUUGUAGUCCUGAGGUUCAUUUGCAGCAUGAGAAACCAAAGCAGGCUAGCAAGUGGAGCAAUAGGGUAGAAGCAAAUGCUGCUCUGACAUCCUUCGAGGUCAUUCUUGGAACACUAACAAGGACUAAAGAAAGCAUUGGUCGAGCAACACGCAUUGCCAUUGACUGUGCAAAAUUUGGUAGUUCCGCCAAGAGGGUAAAAGCUGUGGUUCUUCCAAGUUGUUGGAGUUUCCAGGGUAAAAGCUGUGGUUCUUCCAAGUUGUUGGAGUUUCCGUCAGAUCAGAACAGCGUAGAUAAUGAAAUGUAUGAAGCUUUGAAAGAAACUAAACCAACACCGAAGGAUUCAAGUACUACCCAAUCCCCAACUCGGGCAAACGUUACGAUGGCUGCUGUCCAGGGUCCUGAUUUAUGUCAUCCUAUUACUGUUACUGAAGAUCAUUUGGAUGAUAAGGCUGUUACGAUGGCUGCUGUCCAGGGUCCUGAUUUAUCUCAUCCUAUUACUGUUACUGAAGAUCAUUUGGAUGAUAAGGCUGUCUCAGAUAUUCGAUCAUCUUCAUCUCUGUCUGAUGGCUUAGACUCUACUGCUCGUGCAUCUCCACCUAAUACUUCGAUUUGCAAAAUGUCUACGUCGGAUAAUGGUAAUUCUCUUGAAAAUAAUGGCUGUUGUAGUCCUGAGGUUCAUUUGCAGCAUGAGAAACCAAAGCAGGCUAGCAAGUGGAGCAAUAGGGUAGAAGCAAAUGCUGCUCUGACAUCCUUCGAGGUCAUUCUUGGAACACUAACAAGGACUAAAGAAAGCAUUGGUCGAGCAACACGCAUUGCCAUUGACUGUGCAAAAUUUGGUAGUUCCGCCAAGGUGGUGGAAAUUCUUCUGCAUAGUUUGGAAAAUGAGUCAAGGUUAGACAGAAGGGUGGAUUUGUUUUUUCUUGUAGAUUCUAUUACUCAGUGCUCUCGUGGUUUGAAAGGUGAUGUUGGUGGUAUAUAUCCUUCAGCAAUCCAGGCAGUUUUGGCUCGUUUAUUGUUAGCUGCUGCACCUCCUGGAAGUAGCACUCAGGAAAACCGUAGACAAUGUUUGAAGGUUUUGAGGGUUUGGCAGGAAAGAAGGAUUCUUCCAGAAUCCAUUAUUCGCCGCUAUAUUCGAGAGCUUGAUUCCCUCAGUUCGUCUUCCUUGGGUGCCUUCUCCCGUCGUCCUUUAAGAAAUGAAAGAGCUUUUGAUGAUCCAAUCAGAGAAAUGGAGGGUAUGUUGGUCGACGAAUAUGGAAGCAAUUCAAGUUUUCAGCUUCCUGGUUUCCGUAUGCCUCCUAUGCUGAAGGAUGAAGACGAAGGAAGUGAUUCUGAUGUAGAGGGGUUUGAGGCUGUUACUCCUGAGCAUUAUUCUGAAAACAUUGCAGAACGAGAAAGGACACCCAUACAUGCGGUUGAAAAGCAUAGACAUAUUCUGGAAGACGUCGAUGGUGAGCUUGAAAUGGAAGAUGUGGCUCCCACGUGCGAAGCUGAAAUGAGUUCCACCAACAAUGUUAUUGGAGUGAAUCCUGCACAGGCAGCACAUCACCAAUUCAAACAGCAUCUUCCACCACCCUUUGCCCCUCCCUCUACCGAAGGAUGUGCCACCAGCCUGUCCUCCCCUGCCAACAUCCCCUCCUCCACCUCUUUCCAUCCAUCCUCCAUUGGUGGGGCCGGAUUCCAUUUCUAA